AUGUCAAGCUUCUGCCUGAUCGCCAGCCUGGUCGGGGUCAGCGGCGUGUCUGGACUGGCCUCUGCAGUUGACCUCGAGCUGACGCAGGUGUGGACGACCAGCACGAAUGCCUCGAGGCAGUCUUCGUCGGUGACCUCGGCAGUCGUGUCCCGCACGGAUGCUGAUUUGAAAUCAUGGUUGUGCACGUUGAAGAUUGGUGCCACGACUGAGGAGGUGAAAACGUUUUGCAAGGAGUUCCAGAACCCGUUCUGCAUUGGAACUGAAGAAUGUCUGCCACCAGCAGAGAAAUGUCCAGAGCCAUUUGUGCAAGGAUUCCUGACAGAAGCAGAUAAAGACUCGACCAUGGCCAAGUACCCCGCGCUCGUGGUCACAUGCGAAGAGGACCCGUUCGUCAAAAGGGCUUGGGAACACAUCGUUCCAGACGAGACCGAACGGCGGACCUACCCGUGGAACAUCCAAGACAUUGAUGCGCACGUGGUCCGAGGGCGGGGCGUGGGGGUGAAUGUGUACGUGUUGGACACCGGCAUUCAUACAACCCACAGCGAAUUCGGCGGCAGGGCCUUCGCUGGAGCGGACAUCGCCUCUACGGGGACUUUCACAGUGUGCACGCCCAGCAGUACAACGUGCGCUGCGGACCGUCAUGGGCACGGCACCCACUGCGCGGGCACAGUUGGGUCCUCGACAUACGGCGUCGCGGAUGGCGCGACCUUGUGGGCAAUGAAGGUCCUCGACGACAGCGGCAGCGGCUACACUUUUUGGGCCAUUGUUGCAGAGCAAUAUAUUUUAUCGUCUGGUUUACGUCCAGCAGUGGUCAGCAUGAGUCUUGGGGGCGUUGGCCAGAGCUUAUCGGAGCAGACCUCGAUCAACGCGUUGGUGGACGAUGGUGUGACCGUGGUAGUUGCUGCAGGGAACCAAAAUCUUGACGCGUGCGGCUACAAUCCGGCUUGGAUCCCGUCGGCAAUCACGGUGGCAUCUUAUGAUUCGGCAGGAGCAAAGUCUGUCUUCAGCAAUUACGGCACUUGCGUCGACGUUUGGGCUCCAGGCUCGUCCAUCAUCUCGACAUUCAUUGGCAGCAACACUGCGUUGGGUCUUGCUUCGGGUACGUCCAUGGCAUGUCCGCACGUCUCUGGGCUUGCGGCAAUCAUGUACGAGGCGAACCCCACGGCGGGAUCCAUGUCAAGUUCGCAGAGGUGGGACCUCCUGACGGCUUCGAAGCGAGAGAACUGGAUCACCAAUUUACCUGUGACCCCGGCUAGUGUCAACUUGGUCGCCCUCGCACCCACAAUCGCACCGACGCCCACACCCACGCCCAGCCCGACGUCCUAUCCUACGCCCAACCCGACGGCGCCACUUCCUGGCCCGGUCGGCGCCACUGGCGAUCCUCACCUUCAGAACAUCCAUGGUGAGCGGUUCGACUUGAUGCAGCCAGGGAGGCACGUUCUGAUAAACAUCCCUCGUGGAGAGCGCGCCGGUAGAGCGUUUCUUCUCGUGCAGGCCGAUGCGCAAAGGCUGGGCGGACAGUGCACGGACAUGUACUUCCAAGAGGUCAAUGUCACCGGGGCGUGGGUGGCCGCGAACGCGAAGCAGACGGGCGGCCUUCGCUACCGCGCCCAGGACGUUGGCGCCGUACGGGCGCACUGGAUGCACUUCGGGCCUGUGCAGCUAAAGGUCGCCCACGGGCACACGCGGCAGGGCCUCAGGUACCUGAACCUGUACGUGAAGAGCCUGGGCCGUGCCGGCCUCGCCGUCGGAGGCCUGCUGGGGGAGGAUGACCACUCCGAGGAGGAAGCCCCUCAGGAGCAGUGCGCCCACCGCAUGGCCUUGUAG